CACUGACAGUAUGGGAGGCGGGAUGUUUCUUGAGCAGCGUUAUUAGAUGCGGAACUGAGAGAGCAGCAGUAACUAACAACGCCAGAGGAGUCAUGUGUGGAAUCUUUGCUUAUCUUAACUACCACGUGCCGCGGACACGGCGGGAGAUCCUGGAGAUCCUGCUCAAAGGCCUUCACCGUCUGGAGUACCGGGGUUAUGACUCAGCUGGUGUGGGGAUCGACGGCGGUAACGAGAAGGACUGGGAGUCCACCGGCCGCUCCAUCCAGCUCAUCAAGCAGCGGGGGAAGGUGCAGGCUCUGGACGAGGAGAUCAACAGGAUCACAGAGCAGCAGGGCAUUGACAUGGACGUGGAGUUCGACGUCCACCUGGGCAUCGCUCACACCCGCUGGGCCACCCACGGCGCCCCCAGCCCGGUCAACAGCCACCCGCACCGCUCUGACAAGAACAACGAGUUCAUCGUCAUUCACAACGGCAUCAUCACCAACUACAAGGACCUGCGGAAAUUCCUGGAGAGCAAAGACUACGAGUUUGAGUCGGAGACCGACACGGAGACCAUCGCCAAGCUGGUGAAGUACAUGUACGACAACCGUGAGAACGACGAGCUGAGCUUCACCACGCUGGUGGAGAGAGUGACCCAGCAGCUGGAAGGAGCCUUUGUCCUGGUGUUCAAGAGCGUCCAUUACCCUGGAGAGGCGGUCGGGACCAGGAGGGGAGGGCCUCUUUUGAUUGGUGUGAAAUGCGACCACAAACUUUCUACAGAUCACAUCCCCAUCCUCUACCGCUCUACUGGCAAGGACAAGAAGGGCUGCACGGCCCUGCCCCGCGUGGACCAGGACACCUCUCUGUUCCCCACGGACGAGAAGGCCGUGGAGUACUACUUUGCUUCUGACGCAAGCGCGGUCAUCGAGCACACCAACCGGGUGAUCUUCCUGGAGGACGAUGACGUGGCGGCGGUGAACGAGGGGCGGCUGUCCAUCCACCGCAUCAAGCGCACCGCGGGGGACCACCCGGCCCGCGCCAUCCAGACCCUGCAGAUGGAGCUGCAGCAGAUCAUGAAGGGAAACUACCGUGCGUUCAUGCAGAAGGAGAUCUUCGAACAGCCAGAGUCCGUGUUCAACACCAUGCGAGGCAGGGUCAACUUUGAUGACAACACAGUGAUGCUGGGGGGGCUGAAGGACCAUAUCAAAGAGAUCCAGAGGUGUCGACGGCUGAUACUCAUCGCCUGUGGGACCAGCUACCACGCGGGCGUGGCGACCCGUCAGGUACUGGAGGAGCUCACGGAGCUGCCCGUCAUGGUGGAGCUGUCCAGCGACUUCCUUGACAGGAACACGCCCGUGUUCCGAGACGACGUGUGCUUCUUCAUCAGCCAAUCGGGGGAGACGGCGGACAGCCUGAUGGCGCUGCGAUACUGCAAGGAGAGGGGGGCUCUGACGGUGGGCAUCACCAACACCGUGGGCAGCUCCAUCUCCAGGGAGACGGACUGCGGCGUGCACAUCAACGCCGGCCCCGAGAUCGGCGUGGCCAGCACCAAGGCCUACACCAGUCAGUUCGUGGCGCUGAUCAUGUUCGCCCUGCUGAUGUGUGACGACCGCAUCUCCAUGCAGCCCCGGAGGCGUGAGAUCAUCCAGGGCCUGAGAGUCCUGCCGGAUCUGAUCAAGGAGGUGCUGAGUCUGGACGAUGAGAUCCAGAAUCUGGCGGAGGAGCUCUACCAGCAGAAGAGCGUGCUGAUCAUGGGACGGGGCUACCACUACGCUACCUGCCUGGAGGGGGCGCUGAAAAUCAAGGAGAUCACGUACAUGCACUCGGAGGGCAUCUUGGCCGGGGAGCUGAAGCACGGCCCGCUGGCCCUGGUGGACAAGCUGAUGCCCGUCAUCAUGAUCAUCAUGAGGGACCACACUUACGUCAAGUGUCAGAACGCCCUGCAGCAGGUGGUCGCCCGCCAGGGCCGGCCCAUCGUGAUCUGUGACCGAGACGACCAGGAGACCAUCAACAACUCAAGCCGCACCAUCAAGGUUCCGCACUGUGUGGACUGCCUGCAGGGGGUCCUCAGCGUCAUCCCCCUGCAGCUGCUGUCCUUCCACCUGGCCGUUCUGCGCGGCUACGACGUGGACUGCCCCAGGAACCUGGCCAAGUCUGUGACGGUCGAGUGAAGUCCUUCUCAGAGCAGCCCUGGUGGACACUCGUCUCAAAGUUGACCCCAGAGAGAGGGCGUCCACUGUCAUCUGUUUUAUAUGUUCUGGUUGAUCUGAUAUUCCAAAAAAUCCUCAAACUUCUUUUCUUUUUUUCACAUUUGUAAUGUUUAUCAGUUUGAAGAUAAGCUGGAUUUGGGCUGCACCUUGCAAUAGGUAAUUUAGUUCCUCUUCCUUAGUGUGUAAACCUUUUGAGCAACUCAACCUAAAAGCUCGGGCUGGGAGGCGGUCAUUUUGGAUCAGUCACCACUUUACUCAAAGCUUGUGGAUGAACCAAAUGUCCAACUUUAUUUGAGCUGGUAAUUUAUACUUUGACUUUUUUCUUGUCUAACUGCGUUUUGCUGACUGGGUAAGGGUUGAGGACAUUUGAAGGAUGAUCCUACUUAAGUUACUGCUUUUCUUUUCCUUUUUUAGUGCAAUCAUUAAGAGUGUUUCGGAAGUGUCAAAAUAGUGAAGUCUGACGGUGCGUUCAAAGGAAGAGCAAAGCAAAUAUUAUACUUUUGCGAAUAUUAUCGAGAGAAAUUCGCACUAGUUUCAAUAUUUCAACUCGAGUGAAUGAGGCGAAUUCAAGACAGUAGAAUUUGAGCAGCCGGCGAAAACUUUGCAUCUAUUCCCGUAUCUGCAAUGACUUUUUAUUGUCCCUGCUUCGCUUUUGGUGUGAACGCAUUUUAAGACAAUCCUUAUUAGGUCCAAAGAAAAGGCUUCCAAUCUAAUUUAGCGCUGUUACUUUGACUACAGGGACUUUUAAGCACAUGUUAAUAGAAAAGAGGCAUCAACUUGAUCCACUGUGGGGCUUUUAUCCACGGUCACAAGUUGACUGUUCAAAAAAGAUUAUAAAAAAUAAAGUAUAAAAGAGAGCAGCUUUUAGCUGAACACACGGUUGUGGGUGUACAGCUCCCCCGGUGUUCUUCACAUAAUGAACUUCUCCAGCCGUUGAAGGAUUGACCUGUGACCUCUGGGAUGCAGCUCAACAUCUUUAAUGUUUGUGAUCGUUUAAUUCUCCUGUGUCGUAGUUCUGUAGUGAACCUUUUAACAGACAUUCGAGGGGUGGAUGAACUGAUUCAUGAACUCGUACUUUUACUGUUUUCUCUAGGUUGGUUUACGGUCCAACCGAAGCCAGGGGUGUUAGUUUUAAUCGGAUGAAGUUACUCAGGCGUGAUGCAGCCCACACCGUGCCACCGAGUCAACAUUGGGACCAUCGUACUGUCUUUAUGUUCUCCUUCAUGCUUACUGAUUUUACAUGAUUGUUACCGUUUGAAAUGUGAAUGUCAUUUGAGAAACCCUGUCAAACCAAAUAAUUUGUUUUACAGUAGCAUUGACAGAAGUAAACCAAACGUAUGCUUUUCUAUAUAUCGUAUACAUGUAUAUCUAUGUCUUUGAACCUAGUACAAAUGAACGUCUGGGAACUUAUUGAGUUGCCUUCUAUUGGUUUUCUACGUAUUUGCUUUGACCAACUUGGGAGUAGGCUAGGAUGUUCUGCAAUCAGGCGUUUACUUUUAUCUGGGCAUUGUUUUAACAUUAGCUUGUUUUGAGCCAGUGGAAGGAUUGUAAAGUAACUGGACUCGGUUAUCCCAGGAUCUUCCUCUGACCUCAGAUUAGGGCCUACGUGGGUCUGAAUGAAGCGUAAUCAGCAGCUAUGUGCUCGGUUUCACUGGAUGGGAAUGGGUUAACUAUUAGCAAAGACUGAUGCAAUAAAGUGUCAAGUACUUA